AUGCAGGCGCGCUACUCCGUGUCCAGCCCCAACUCCCUGGGAGUGGUGCCCUACCUCGGCGGCGAGCAGAGCUACUACCGCGCGGCGGCGGCAGCGGCCGGGGGCGGCUACACAGCCAUGCCGGCCCCCAUGAGCGUGUACUCGCACCCGGCACACGCCGAGCAAUACCCGGGCGGCAUGGCGCGCGCCUACGGGCCCUACACGCCCCAGCCACAGCCCAAGGAUAUGGUGAAGCCGCCCUACAGCUACAUCGCGCUCAUCACCAUGGCCAUCCAGAAUGCCCCGGACAAGAAGAUCACCCUCAACGGCAUCUACCAGUUCAUCAUGGACCGUUUCCCCUUCUACCGGGACAAUAAGCAGGGCUGGCAGAACAGCAUCCGCCACAACCUCUCGCUCAACGAGUGCUUCGUGAAGGUGCCCCGCGACGACAAGAAGCCGGGCAAGGGCAGCUACUGGACGCUGGACCCGGACUCGUACAACAUGUUCGAGAACGGCAGCUUCCUGCGGCGGCGACGGCGCUUCAAGAAGAAGGACGCGGUGAAGGACAAGGAGGAGAAGGACCGGCUGCACCUCAAAGAGCCUCCGCCACCGCCGCCAGGCCGCCAGCCUCCGCCCGCGCCGCCGGAGCAGGCAGACGGCGCCGCGCCCGGACCGCAGCCGCCGCCGGUGCGCAUCCAGGACAUCAAGACUGAGAACGGUACGUGCCCCUCGCCGCCCCAGCCCCUGUCCCCGGCCGCCGCCCUGGGUAGCGGCAGCGCCGCCACGGUGCCCAAAAUUGAGAGCCCCGACAGCAGCAGCAGCAGUCUGUCGAGCGGGAGCAGCCCUCCGGGCAGCCUGCCUUCGGCGCGACCGCUGAGCCUGGACGGUGCGGAUCCCGCACCGCCUCCGCAGUCCGCGCAACCUGCGCCGCCGCCACACCACAGCCAGGGCUUCAGCGUGGACAACAUCAUGACUUCACUCCGGGGGUCGCCUCAGGGCACAGCCGCGGAGCUCAGCUCUGGCCUCCUGGCCUCGGCGGCCGCGUCCUCGCGCGCGGGCAUCGCACCCCCGCUGACGCUCGGAGCCUACUCGCCUGGCCAGAGCUCCCUCUACAGCUCCCCCUGCAGCCAGAGCUCCAGCGCCGGCAGCUCCGGCGGCGGCGGCGGCGGCGGCGGCGGGGGCGGCGCUGGGGGCGCUGGGGGCGCCGGGACCUACCACUGCAACCUGCAGGCCAUGAGUCUGUAUGCCGCCGGCGAACGCGGCGGCCACUUGCAGGGCGCACCCGGGGGCGCGGGCGGCUCAGCAGUGGAAGACUCCCUGCCUGACUACUCUUUGCCUCCAGUCACCAGCAGCAGCUCAUCGUCCCUGAGUCACGGCGGGGGCGGCCAGGAGACCGGCCACCACCCUGCAGCCCACCAAGGCCGGCUCACCUCAUGGUACCUGAACCAGGCGGGCGGUGACCUGGGCCAUUUGGCGAGCGCGGCGGCGGCAGCGGCGGCCGCGGGCUACCCCGGGCAGCAGCAGAACUUCCACUCGGUGCGGGAGAUGUUUGAGUCGCAGCGGAUCGGCUUGAACAACUCUCCGGUGAACGGGAAUAGUAGCUGUCAGAUGGCCUUCCCUGCCAGCCAGUCUCUGUAUCGCACGUCCGGGGCUUUUGUCUAUGACUGUAGCAAGUUUUGA